AUGAUGUUACCAAAGCUGAAAUUGCUAACAUUCAGGGGAUUCAAAUUUCCUCCUUCCUACGACAACAUUUAUGCUCUUAGAAAUUACCAGCGCUAUGCGGAGGAACAACGUUUAAGUAACAAAAAAAUGGGCAAGUUGAUGAGAAGCAAUGACUAUAAUGCAACUAUGUUUUAUAAUAACAUGGAAAAUGAUGGGUUCUCCCAUGUGGACAAAUCUAAUUACAACAUUUUAUGUAACAACGAUGAACCCAUUGAUGUGAACAAGGUGAAGGCAGGAGAUGAAGUAGCAAAAAAUAAUUACCCGUUUUUCCUUAAUGAUAAAUUAUUUUAUAAUUACCUAGCUCAUAAACUGAUGAAUAAAGAAAACAAAAGAAAACACAUUUCCCAUGAUUUCUUUUAUCACUUAAACAAAUUUCAUAUAAAUGUAAUAAAUAAUCAUUUUAACGAGUGCUUCUUAAAAUUAACCAAGACAUCUAAAAUAUUUUUUGCUGUAGUAUCUAGCUUUUCUGUUCUUUUAACCUUCUUUUUAGUAGUAUCAUCAAAUUAUUUAGAAUAUAAUAUAAUAUUAAAGUAUCACAUAAAAUUUCAUUCAUUGCUUUUUUCUUUUUUUCCAUCAUACUAUUUGGGCUUACAAGUGGGUAGUUACUAUUUUACCAAUAAUUUUCAUUAUAUGUAUGCCUUUCUGUUUUUAGUCUCUUCAAUUAUUUCAAUGUGUAUGGCGGAUUAUGACAUAUGGGGAUCAUAUUAUUUUCUAAGCUUAAAUUACUUAGCUUUUAUAGUCAUUAAUUAUUAUAAUAUGUAUUUAAAUAGAUUCCCCAAUUAUAUAUUUCAGAAAAUCAAUCGCAUUUUUUUCUUUUCCCUCAUGUCAAACUACUUAGCUGUCAACAAGGGGAAGUAUAUAGAAAAAAAUAUUCACUUGUUACGGGAUGAAACUGACGAUGCAAAUCGCUUCAAGUUAUUCAAGGUACUUCCAUAUUUUUUAUGA